UGUCCAAAUGAUGAUCCCCCCCAUCUCUGGACCCCCUGCCAUCUUCCACCUCCACUUCUUGAAAGAUUCAUCGGUUGACCUUCUUUAACCGGCGGCAGAUUUCUGUAGGAUCCAUACUCUGAUUCCUCAAGAGCUCAUCCGAGCCCCUCAUCCUCCUCCUUUUCAAUCCCUCUCGCACCAUCUACAAUGCCCUCGUCCUCGUCGGAUGGUGCACCAUGGCAGAGGCGCUUCCGAAGAAUGCUCCUCUUCGUAGGCACAGCGACAUCGUUUUACCUCGUUUCAUCGUACAUUCUGGACAGACUACGGGAAGCAAGAGCCAGAGCUAUCAAAGAGAAGAAGGAGAAGGACUUGUUGAGAAACCACUUUACGUCCUUGCAAAAUACCAUCCACUUCACGCUCUACGCCCUCCUUCCGACGUUACAGCCCCAGCUGUCCGCGGCAUAUCCUGUCGAAGUCAUAUCUCAAGCUAUUCAGGGCAAAUCUACAGAGACGAGUCUGAGUGGAAGCAUAGCUCAGACACCGGAGAGCUCGAUGAUCCUUCAGGGGGCUCAACAGAGUCCUCAGAAUCACACCGAGUCGACGGCUCAGAGUAUCACAAACGGACAAUCAUCGCCGGAGCAGGGUGUGACCCACGAUGGUCGUAUUGGCGAAAGUUGGGCGUCGGAGUUCAAACAACGAGAAAAUCAGCUCGAGAGCGAUGCGGGGCCGGACGAAACACAGGCAGGUGCCCCAGUAGAUGGGUCCAUGCUAUAUCAUCCAUCGGGUGACGAGGCGUCCUCCACUAUGUCACAGUCGAUAUCCCUCCCACCGACAGACAUCUCCUCCGCAUCAGCAUCACCACCGUCAGAUCUCUCGCACUCGGCAAUGCUUCAUUCGUCACCACCUCGUCCCCUCAUCGAUAUCGUCUCGGCCGACAUAUCAGGCAAGAGUAAGAAGGAACUCUGGAAAGAUCUAAAGCUUCAGACUCUCACGCGAUCACUUACGACUGCCUAUCUCUUGCCUCUGCUUCACCUUCUGACUGCCUCUCAACUAGCUACGCUAGCACGAUUGCGUUAUAUGGAAGACGUCAAGCGUCAGAAUAGGCCCGAGCAUGAGGAGGAACCAAAACAGAUCCAUUCGAAAGAGACAUCGGGAGGAUGGUUCUCCUCUCUGCCCAUACCGUCACUGGGCAUUAGAGGAUUUGUCCAAUCGAAGACCCCUGCCAUCAUCUCUAAUCCUAGGUCGUAUAUCCCAGCUCCUAUCGAGCAAUGGAUCCCCUCGAUACCCUUCAUGUCAUCCUCGAGUCCGCCGGAAUCAACAGCAGAGGCUGCUGCUCGAUGUACUAUCUUGGAGAGUAGGCAAGCUGCGAUUGAGGCUCAGAGGAUGGAAGAUGAAAGGAUCUACCUUUCUUACUCGUGGUGGAUCCUGCACGAAGGAUGGAGACAUCUGGCCAGGAGGGUCGAUUCAGCGGUAGAAGACGUCUUUGGAGGAAUCGCCCUGAAGAAGGAACUGACGGUAGGCGGAUGGCAGCAGCUGAUCAAGGAGCUUCGAGCGCGGGUUGAGACUGUCACCGUGGAUGGCGCUGCAGCUUUAUACUCAUUCACGGAUAACCUGUUACCGCCGGAUCCGAUUCGCUCAACUUCAUCAACCGAACCAUGCCCAUUGCCAAGCUCCACCGCCAACCUCGGACAGCACCUGCAAUAUCUCCUCGGCCAGACCAAAACCCAUCUCUCUUCUCCCGACGCAAAUUAUCUGAUACACAAGGGCGUGACAACAAUGACCGCCAAGCUUUUGCAGACGUUAUCUGAAGAACUUUACUCUGGACAGGGGGACGACUCUGGCAAACGGUUGGUAGAUUGUCUACCGGUCAUCAACAGAUGGAGCAAGAGCGUAUGGGAAGGUUUGCCUGACAACGGCGUAGAGGCACUUCUUGCUGUACCGGAAUAUGAAGGGUUCGUGGCAUUAGUUUUUGGUGACUGGGCCCCAACGAGUCAGUAAGGACCACUUUAGAAUGAUGCUGCUUGUUGUAGUAUACGUAUGAGAUCUGUUCAGUACCCUUCCACAAGAUGAAGCACUAGAGCGAGCAUCGUCUCCGAGACAAUUCUGCAUGCGGCUGAAGAAAAAACCGUCACCCAUUGGAAUCCUUUGUAUUGCUCUAAGCCUCCUCGGCCUUGAUGUUGACGU